AUGCAUGACUCAUUUAAUUAUCUAUACCUGUUCACAUCUAUCUAUCUAUCUAUCUAUCUAUCUAUCUAUCUCAGUCUGUUCAGAUCUAUCAAUCUCUCUCUCUAUCUCAGUCUGUUCACAUCUAUCAAUCUCUCUCUCUCUCUAUUUCAGUAUGGUCGCAUCUAUCAAUCUAUCUAUCUCUCUAUCUCAGUCUGUUCACAUCUAUCAGUCUCUCUCUCUCUCUAUCUCAGUCUGUUCACAUCUAUCAAUCUCUCUCUCUCUCUCUCUCUAUUUCAGUAUGGUCGCAUCUAUCAAUCUAUCUAUCUAUCUGUCUGUUCACAUCUAUCAAUCUCUCUCUCUCUCUCUCUAUCUCAGUCUGUUCACAUCUAUCAAUCUCUCUCUCUAUCUCAGUCUGUUCACAUCUAUCAAUCUGUCUCUCUCAAUUUCAGUCUGUUCACAUCUAUCAAUCUCUCUCUCUCUCUCUCUCUCUCUCUCUCUAUUUCAGUCUGUUCACAUCUAUUAAUCUAUCUCUCUCCAAAUCUAUCUUUCGGUAACCAAAAAAGAUUUUAG